AUGUUUACGACGGUUCUAGCUUUGUUUACGUCUUGUGCCUUAUCAUUUAUCUGUUUGAUUACUUUGAAAUAUACGCUUAUUGUAUUGUGCUGGAAGUACAUUUCUACUUUUGCCUACCAAGAAUAUGUCUCUUGUACAAGGAGGAAUUGUAGUGGUUCCUCGUUUUUCAGUAUAAGUAAUAGACAUGGUAUAUCUGUUUAA